AUAUCGACUUCCGGGGCCAGGGGCAUCCAGAAAGAAAACGUCAGAAAGCUGAAGAAGCUCGUGACUCGUGAGGUGUUCUGCUGUUUCGGGCGGAGUUUUGGCCCAACUACCUCGCCACACGAGACUGAGCCCUGAGAUCUGGAAAAAAACCCAAAUUCUAAAUCGAUUGAUCUGCUCUGCCUCUUCACUUCCUUGUUCUCUUUACAAUUCUAAUUCUAAUUCGAGAUCAGUUUUUUUUUUUUUUUUUUUCUGCACCCAAGACUCAUAGCCGACGGAGUUGAAAGUAUUAAUCAACAGAUCACGAGAGAAAGAUCACUGUAAACAGGAGAAAGAAAUGUCUCCCAACGAAGAAGAACAAAAAAUCGGCGGUGGCCGUGAACAAGGAGGAGAAUUGGAAGAAGAAGUUGAUGAUGAAGAGAGCGAAGAAGAUGGAGAUAUAGAUGAUGAAGAAGAAGAUGAUGACGACGACCUGAUAAUUGCCCAGGCUCGCGAAGACGAUGAAGGGGAAGGGGAAGAAGAAGACGAGGAGAAUAUCAACUCCGCUUCUCCUUCAACGUCUUCCUCUUCCGAAGACAACACUAACAAGCAACAAAACCCCACCAACAGUGCCACCAUCACCGCUGUCAUCUCCUCCUCGAUUCCUCCCUCCGCCACUGCCCCCAAUGGCUCCGCCGACGAAACGGCACCACCGGCCGCCGGUUCAUCACCCGACCACAAGCGUCAGCGAACCUCCUCUGAUGUCCCCGCCAUCACUACUGCUGCUGCUGCUUCCGAAGAGAAGAAACCCCCCGCCUUGGACGAUUCCCGCCGUCUAUUCCAACGGCUGUGGACCGAUGGAGACGAAAUUGGACUUUUACAAGGUUUCCUCGAGUACACGAAGCAGCGAGGAUCCCACAAUUCUUCACACCAUCAUGACACGGCCCCGUUCUACGACCAGAUCAAGACUCAAUUGCAGCUCGAUUUCAACAAGAACCAGCUCGUCGAGAAGCUCCGUAGGUUGAAAAAGAAGUACCGUAACGUCCUCAGUCGGUUCAGCUCCGGCAAAGAAUUCUCCUUUAAGAGUCCUCACGACCAAGCCACCUUCGAGAUCUCUCGCAAGAUUUGGAGCGUUACCGGCGGAACUGUUGGGGUAGGAGUCGAAGAGGCUGUAUUGGAAGGAGAAGAAGGGAAUCCAAAUCCUGCGGGCAUCAACACCUACUGUAACGAGAAUUUCCACAAUAACAACAAUUCCGUCUUUGAUGCGAAUAAAUCUGACAAGAAGACGUCAAGAUCCCGGAAACGUUCACGGAAGAGAGCAGCGGAGGAUAAGUUGCCGAAUUGUCAUAAUCAUCCCACUUCAUCAAUUCCGAAUGUUAUCGAAGAUACAGUAAGGAGUUGCCUCUCGCCUCUGUUCAAAGAAUUGCUCUCUUGCGCCAUCAGUGGGCCUAGUAACGGUGGAGGAUAUGGUGGUCUGGCUCUGAGUCCCCUUCCCCUGAAUUUUGGAGGCAAUAAUUCCUUGAAUUUCUCUGGUGGGGAGGUUGUUGACGAGAAGUGGAGGAAGCAGCAUAUAUUGGAAUUGGAGGUGUACUCGAAACGGAUAGAGCUAGUGCAAGAUCAGAUAAAGUCUGCGUUAGAGAAGCUGAAGUCGAUGAGUUAUGGAUAGUUCGUUCAACUCAUUGAUUUAUUUGCUGCGGUUAUCACUUGCCAGUUGAGGAGUGUUGGGUGUUUCAAUUGAAUUACUGUAGAGAUUAGUUGCAGAUGGGAUCUCUUGAUGUAAUCUAGGUGGAAAUUGAACAAUUAAAGAAGUAAUUUUCCUGAGGUUUUACUA